AUGGUAUCAAAGAUCAUAAAUGAAAACCCUUCAGAACUUGAGUUGAAGGUUGCUCAAGCUUUUGUUGACUUGGAAAGCCAAUCAGACUUGAAAGCUGAAUUGCGUCCAUUACAGUUUAAAUCGAUAAAAGAAAUUGAUGUCAGUGGAGGUAAGAAAGCUUUAGCUGUAUUUGUGCCACCACCAUCAUUAUCAGCUUACAGAAAAGUACAAACCAGAUUAACCAGAGAGUUGGAAAAGAAGUUCCCAGAUAGACAUGUUGUCUUUUUAGCAGAAAGAAGAAUCUUGCCAAAACCAUCAAGAAAGGCAAGAAAACAACAAAAGAGACCAAGAUCAAGAACCUUGACUGCCGUUCACGAUAAAAUUUUGGAAGAUUUGGUUUUCCCUACAGAAAUAGUGGGUAAGAGAGUUAGACACUUGGUUGGUGGUAACAAGAUUCAAAAAGUUUUAUUAGACUCAAAGGACUCUACCGCUAUUGACUACAAAUUAGAUUCAUUCCAACAAUUAUACUCAAAGUUGACUGGUAAACAGGUUGUUUUUGAGAUCCCUGGUGAAAUCCAUUAA